AUGAAUUUGGUUAUGAAUAAGCGAGCAUCGAAACGGCCUACAUCUACGGUAGGUUCAGUGGUGCCAUCACGCAAGGAACUAACUAUUCAAUCGUCGGGAAAAACUCAGUAUAUUGCGUCUUUGCCUCAACAACGUAUCUGGCUACAUGAACGACUCCAUUUUAGCAAUUCUGAAUUGUCUGUCUAUAAUAUAGUGUUGCCCAUAAUCGUGAAGCGCGGCUCAUUAGCAAUAGAAUAUAUUCGUUCACGUUUACUUCGAAUAAUAGAGGAAAAUACAGUACUUCGCACUGCUGUUCGUUUUAACUUGGAACGAAAUCAAAUCGAACAAUACAUAGAGCCCCUUUCUGACAAUCUCUAUUCAUUUGAAAAUUCACGUGGUAUUGCCACAUCGGAGCAAAUCGAUCACAUUCUUACGAGAGAAUCUGUUGGAAAAUAUUUUGAUCUUGAAAAGGGAAGAGUCUUAAGAUGUCAUAUAAUACAACGAAGUGAAGACAAACAAGAUCAAUUCUUACACAAAGGAGAUCUUGUUGCAAUUACGUUUCAUCAUAUUGCAUUUGACAACAGUUCACUAAAACCAUUUAUCAAAGCAUUUGAAAGAGUAUGCAAAACUGAUUAUCAUCAACAAUCAGUGUCGCCAAUGCCUCAAUAUAUUGAUUUCACAUUGUAUGAACAGGCAAUGUUAAACGAUCCAAGUGCUGAUUCAAAAAUGAACAAAGCACGUCGGUUUUGGUUGGAAACCAUGCGGGGUUACGAUUGGAAUAAAAGACGCAGCUUGAUGCCUGAAGAAGAUAAAGUUGAUCGCAUCCAAUCUGGUAAAGGUUAUGCAACUGCAUUUGACUUCGACCAAAAUAUUGUCGAUGCGAUGAUGCUAUACGCAUCGUCCAACAACGUCACUAUGUUUUCAUUGACAUUAGCCUGUUAUUAUGUAUUUCUAUUCAAAUUGACUAACAGUGAAGAAGAUUUGUGCGUAGCGAGCGUAACAGCUAAUCGACCUCUACAGGAAAUGGCAGACAUGAUUGGUAUGUUUGUUAACAUUUUGCCCUAUCGAAUCAAAGUUGAACCGCAUAAAUCAUUUUAUGAUCUCCUUGAGAAAGUACAAAAACUGAGCAGCGAUGUUUUGGAGCAUGGCUCUUUGCCUUAUCAGGAAAUUAUGAAUUUAGACCGCAAACAAGAAUAUCAUGCACUACCUUCAGCAUUAUUUCAGUAUGAAUCACUAGUAUCAUCAUUGACACAGAAAAGUAGUAUAGAAGUAGCUGUCGGCAAAAAUUCUAGUCUUGGUGUUUACUUUGAUCGCGACCGAUCGCAUGGUAAUGGAGUAGCAGCAUUCGAUUUGACUCUUACAAUAUCACAUAACCAUCAUGCAAAAACUACAGAGUGUUUUAUUGAUUGUUCGGCCGAUGUGUUUAAAAAUCAAACGAAUGUUGAGAUGGUGGGAAAUCGUUUUCGACAUAUGCUUUUCGAACUCUUCUGCUCUCCGAUGACUCAUGAGCCAAUUUAUAAAUUAUCGAUUAUUAUUCCAAGUGAACAAGAGGUGAUGCAUCAAUUAAACAAUACAAAGUCGCUGGUAUCUUAUCCAUGGUCAUUCGCUAUACAUGAAAGAUUCGCUCGACAAGCUCAAUUAUAUCCACAAAAAAUAGUUCUCGAAUUGGAUCAACAAUCACUUACGUAUAGUGAACUCCUUCAUUAUGUACGACGUCUCACAAUUCAUUUAAGUCAAAGAGUUCAAAAAGAUGAAAUUGUAUGUCAAUGCGUUGAAAGAUCAAUCGAAAUGGUUAUCGGAUUAUUAGCAAUUUUGUCAAGCGGUGUAGCUUAUUGCCCUUUAGCACCUGCAGAUCCACCUACAAGGCUGGCAACUCUGGUUCGAGACACACGAGCAAAGACAAUUCUUGUUCAUAGUUACACUUCGGGAACGUUGGUUGUAGCUGAUACAUCGUGUGAUCUCAUUAAAACAGACUCAUUUCUUAUCUCCGACGAAGAGGAAAAAGAUGGUGAUGAUGAUCUCAAACCUAUUCUGGUCACACCAAACAAAACUGCUUAUAUUAUUUUCACAAGUGGAACAACUGGUACUCCUAAAGCUGUUGUUAUUUCACAUUCUAGUUUGAUCUAUUAUCUUCAAUCGUCAGUUGAGAUUGAUGCUCUGCGUACAAGUGAUAAGGGAGUACAAUUAUCUUCAUGUACAUGGGAUGUUCAUAUUCAUGAAAUACUUGGCACUUUAUUUGUGGGUGGAUCAAUUGUACUCUUACGAUCUGAACAGGGCAAUCGUAAUAUGGAUUAUUUGGCUCGUGUUAUCGAAUCUCAUCAGGUUACCUUCGUUUGCAUCGUCCCAACAUUGCAAAUUUUACUUUUUGAUAUCCUCGAAGUACAGCAAGCUUUUCAUAGACUCAAUACUCUUCGACUAGUGUGGUCCGUAGGUGAACCAAUACCAUCAUAUUUGGUCGCUCGAAUUUUACCUUUAUUACCAGCGAGCUGUAAAUAUGUCAAUUUUGGUGGUGCUACAGAAGGAACUGUAGUGCAAACUUUUCACACAGUUACAGAAAAUGAUGCUCAUUCAUUAUCAGGUAGUGUUCCACUCGGCAGGCCAAUGCCGUACUUUAAGUUGCACAUUCUUGACAAAUUUCAUCAAUCUGUACCUGUGGGAUAUACAGGCGAGCUUUAUACUAGUGGAGCAAUUAUGAGUGGUUAUCUAAAUCGACCCGAUCUCAAUGCCAAGGUAUUGAUUCAACUAACAGAUGAAUCUGGCAAAAGUUAUAAAACAGGAGAUUUAGCUCGAUUCUUACCAUUGAGCGGUGAAGUUCAAUUGUUGGGUCGCGAAGAUUCUCAAACAAAAUUUAAUGGACAACGAGUAGAAUUAGGAGAAAUCGAAGCAGUCAUGUACCGGUCAAGUGCUGCUAUCUGCAACUGUGCUGUAAUUAAGAUGACUGAAAACGGGCGUGAUCAUCUGGUUGCCUACAUACAACCAAGUACGACCGAUACAGCAGUAUUGUUCGAUGCAAAACAAGUUCGUGCUUUCUGUGAAAAGAACUUAUCACAAUGGAUGGUUCCAUCUCAUUUCAUUGUUGUGCAUCAAUUACCAAUAAAUUCUAAUGGAAAGUUAGAUCGGGCAGCACUUCUUAAACCUGAUUUGUCGCCACUACCUGAAUAUGUUGACAAUAGUGAUGAAUAUCGAGAAGAUGAGCCACCAAUGACAGUCGAACAGAACCGUGUACACAAUAUAUGGUGUCAUAUAUUAAAAAUUGGUGAUAAAAAAAAGAUUCCUAUCAAUAGUUCAUUCUUCUCAAUGGGUGGCAACUCCUUGACUAUGAUGCGUCUCUAUUCAGAAUAUCAAAAGUCAUUUCAGUGCAAUUCACAAUGUCCAUCAUUCAAUAUUGCCUGUUUAUUUCGUCAAUCAACAAUUGCACAACAUGCUUUAAUUUUGCAACAAUGGUUCCAUGAUGCUUCUCAGAAUGAAGACGUGCAACAAAAUCAGAAGCAGAACGAAGUUUGGCGAACUCUAAAUAUUUUGGAAGGUAACACCACUUAA